GGCUUAUUCACAUCAGCAUCAGGGCCAGGCAGAAAUAGAAGGUAUCUUGCAUCACAGGACUUGCAAACAAUGGAAUGACAAGAAAGCAGCGCUCAUGCAUUUUUUUAUUUCAUGCUGCUAGUCCUGUAUAUGAGGGCUGACACACAGCAGGAUGGAUCCAGAUUAUGCAGCGUUUGAAAGCUCUCUCUGCAAUGAAUUUAAAGACUUCUGCAAGAAGCUCAGUAAUGCUUACAAGGAAUUAAAGGAGGACUUAACACCAUACAGAGAUGAUCGAUAUUACAGGUUGGCCCCAAUGCGGUUAUAUACCCUCUCCAAACGUCACUUUGUCCUGGUUUUUGUCGUUUUCUUUAUAUUCUUUGGGUUGACUCUAUUUAUUGGCAUUGCAGGACCAAAUGUCAUAGAAGCAACGCUCAAAACAAAUGCAACCAGCUCCAAGGUGGGACAGUUUACGUUGAAGUCGCCAGUUUUGUCCACCUACAACCAGCAGUUGUGGUUAACGUGUAGGGUUCAGCUUGACAAAUCUGAUGACUCCAGCAUCCAAUCAAAUUUUACUAUGAACGUUAUUAUACGAGGCACAGCCAAUGACGCAUCUGUCGAUAAGCAAGUUCAUACUCGCCCAAGGAUAAUCAGUUGUGCACAGAAAUGCGAGGAAAUAAUUGUUUUUCACCUUGGAUAUUUAAAUUACACACAAUUUGAAGCGGAGGUUGGCUUUGAAAACUUGAAACAGUUGCGGUAUGACAUCAAAUAUGUAAAUUUCACAUGGAAAACCUAUAACCCAACAUUUUCCCAAGUAGAAAUUUGGUUUCGGUUUGUUUUUGUGGUUCUCACAUUCAUGGUGACAUGCUUGUUUGCACAUUCUCUACGGAAAUUCUCCAUGAGAGAUUGGGGAAUUGAACAGAAGUGGAUGUCACUCCUCCUUCCUCUCCUCCUUCUAUACAAUGACCCAUUCUUUCCUCUGACAUUUUUGGUAAAUAGCUGGUUUCCCGGGAUGCUAGAUGAUCUGUUUCAGUCAUUGUUCCUCUGUGCUUUGUUGCUUUUCUGGCUGUGCGUUUAUCAUGGGAUUCGAGUGCAGGUACGCAAGAUCUGUGGAGAGAGAAAAUGCUUGACAUUCUAUUUACCCAAGAUUUUCAUAGUGGGACUUCUUUGGCUGGCUUCUGUCACAUUAGGAGUAUGGCAAACAGUAAAUGAAUUGCAUGACCCAACCUACCAGUACAGGGUAGACACAGGAAAUUUUCAGGGAAUGAAGAUUUUCUUUCUCAUUGUGGCUUCUAUGUACAUUUUGUACCUUUUAUUUUUAAUCAUAAGAGCAUGUUCUGAACUUCGAAAUAUGCCAUAUGUUGAUCUGAGGCUAAAGUUUCUUACUGCUUUGACCUUCGUGGUACUUAUUAUCAGCAUUGUCAUACUCUACCUGAGAUUUGGAGCAAAAGCUUUGCAAGACAACUUUGUUGCAGAAUUGUCAACCCAUUAUCAGAAUUCAGCUGAGUUUUUGUCAUUUUAUGGACUUUUGAAUUUCUACUUAUACACCUUGGCCUUUGUGUACUCCCCAUCUAAGAAUGCUCUCUACGAGUCUCAGCUGAAAGAUAAUCCUGCCUUUUCAAUGCUGAAUGACUCAGAUGAUGAUGUAAUUUAUGGGAGUGACUAUGAGGAAAUGCCACUUCAAAACGGCCAAGCCAUCAGAGCUAAAUAUAAAGCGGAAUCUGAUAGUGACUGAAUUUACCCUGGCAGAGGGUAAUAUUUCUCCAAACAAGACAGGAACCAACCCACAUACAGACUUCUUGUUCUCAUUGUACCUCUGCUUAUUGUGGAAAUGCUGCUUUGCAGAGGAUUUUUUUUUUAAACUAUUGAUUGUAAAUGUUUGAUACAGGGGACAGCUUGGUGAUGGACCAAAAUCUUCUGUGAUAAACACUAAAGCUACAUUUACUUCAGUAACGGUGUCCAGUACAAUUUUGAUGCAGUUUAUGCCUCAAAAAAGUGGAAUAGCAUGAAGGCUUUCUGACUUCAGUUUUUUUUUUCUUUCAUAAAUAUUGGUAUUUGGGAUCGUUUAAAGAAUACUUUACUUUAUCCCUUCAUUCUAGAGUUUAAUGAAGAAGAGGCAGUAUUUUAUCUGAAAGAUCAAUAUUCAGCUUUACUCACAGUUUUAAAUUUGCAGAAAAGAAAAAGUAAAUGAAAAGUAAAAAACUAAAUGAAGGAAUAUCUCAGUGCUGCAUACUAUAUUUCCUGAACACUACAAGAUCAAUAAUCUUAAUUGUCAUGGAGUUAAAAGAAAAAAAAAAAGCAUAAAUUAUAAAUGCUGGGGAUAUGUUUAAAAAUGUGCAUGUAAAAAUGACAGAUAAACGGUAUCGUAUAUGUAAAACUUUUUAUUUUUUAAUUGAAACAAAAAAAAAAUCUUUUAUACCAAGUUUUUUGUGACGUGCUAGUCGGAUACAUAUGAAUGCAUAAAAAAUGUUUGGAAUCAUUAGUCAACUAGACUAAAGUCAUGGAAUGUCUCAAAACAUGACAA